CAUUCAGCGACUGAACAGCAACAAACGGUCUUCCUCUUACGAGACCACCUACCCUGAGACCCUAUCUGUGGGUGAAUUUUUAUGCAUUAUAAACAGCACUCCUAAAAUGUAUGUAUCAGCCUUCAUAGUCUUAUUAAAUACCAGCAGAAAAUGAGAUCCAUUGGUUUAACAAUUAUGUUAGCAUACGUAGCAUCAUCAGCGCGGUGUCCAUCUGAGUGGCGGCUCUACCAGUCUAACUGCUACAGACAUUAUCCUGAGAAAAUGAAAUUUAACAAAAGUUCAAAGUUUUGUCAGCAGCAGGUAUUUUACUCUGAAGAAAAUAGCACCAAGAAAACAAACAGUAAACUGGUAUCUAUACAUAGCCCAGAUGAAAAUGAUUUUGUAUACUCUAUCAUACCGACUGACGUCACCGUCGUUAGAAUUGGACUAACCGAGGUAAAGAUUAAAGAAAAACCAACAUGGCGUUGGACUGAUCUGUCACCAUUUGACUACAGCAAUUGGGCCCCUGGAGAACCGAGCAAAGAAUCAGGAAAAUAUGGCACAAUGUCGAAUUCUCAAUAUCCAAAGAAAUGGAAUGCAGCUACUGAUCAGCAGAAACUGACUUUUGUCUGCAAAGUGCCUGCUGAUGAUAGUAAGAGUUGUACAUCAACUCAACAUAACUACUUGAUUGUGGUGUACAUAUUCUGUAUCUUAGUAGGGGUGAUGUGUCCAAUAUCUGUCUUCAACUGCAGGUAUUAUUAUAAACACCGAAUGAAAACUGAAAAUUCUACAAAUACGGUUAUGACUGAUGAUAUAACCAACAUGCAAACCAGUGGAAAUAUUAGCAAUGCUCCAAACCCUCCCGGAGAAAUGUCUGGGGUAGUUAAUUCAGUAUGUGGUACAUCGCCAGCAACAACGACUACACUAGAAGGUAGAGGAUAUGAAAUCCCUCUGCCAAGCUGUUGCACUGAAUCUUAUGGAGUUGCUGUUGUACAUUCCAUAGAAUCACGCAGGAAAGAUACAUUGAUUAAUGAGUAUGCUGAGCCAACAUGUACGCAUAAAGCAGAGUAUGAAUUCUGUCUGCCAACCAGCGGUAUUGAUGAAUCUGCGUCUUCACUUAAAUCACCUAUUGGAGAGGGCUUAUACAUUACAUUGAAUCAGUGACGCAUACUUAACAUGAGAUAUAAUUUAUGUAUACACAAAAUACUGUUCUUGUAUUGUUUUAGUGAUAAUACGGAAGUAUUUUUACUUCCUAGUUUGCUGAUGAUGUGUCCCAUAUUAUGUGAUUUGACCAGGGGAAAUAAUAUGAAGCGCUUAGAGUCAUUGUUGGCAUUAACAUUAUUCUCUCAUUAUUAUCACCAUCAUCAUUAUUAUCAUCAUCAUCAUCAUCAUCAUCAUCUUCAUCAUCAUCAUCAUCAUCAUCAUCUUCAUCAUCUUCGUCAUCAUCAUCAUCAUCAUCAUCAUCAUUAAAAUAUAUCCUCUUUUCUAAAAGAAUAUAACAUUUUAACAGAGUGCAAGCAGGAAAUGAAAGUUUUAAAAGAAUUAAUAAAAAAAUUACUAUACUACAGGCCCACAAAUACUAAUAGAAGUAACUAUAUGGCAGCAAAUAGCAACUUUGGUGGUCAUAGAUCUUCUAACCGCUCCCUGCUGUUACAACUAAAAGCAGCCUACCUAAAUUAUGGACACCUAAUGUUAUAUUUUUCGAUUCUCUCUCAUGAAACUUGUGCAAGUCAAAGUUAUAAGACAGUUUAAUUUAGUUUCCAUAAGUAGUAAAUUGUGGUUUCAAAAUAUUUUAAUAUUAUUUGGGAUUUGCAUUGUAUAGAAAGUUGUUGGUCACACUGACGAAAAAGAUUCACUACACUCAUUAAGACUUGAUAAUUUGUGUGUGAUCAGUACACUUCUGUCCAUGGAGGAAAUAGAACGUAGAUUGAGUUUCUUUUCACAAUCUCGAACAAAAUUCUAGCGCAUGCAUAGAAACUAUACAUAAAUUUGGUGCACGGCGGGCCAGGGUUGGCACAGCGGGUUUAGAAAAGGAGGGCUAAAUGCGGUGGUGCCAGCGGGGGAGGGGGUGAGGGAGGGUGUUAAUCUCCGGCCAAAUAUAGUAGUGAUGAAAUAUGUCAUCUGUUUUGGACACAUAAAUACCUAAAAUGCCACUCCUCUACCUCAGAUUUUCUCACAGCACUUAGUUAAUAAUAAUGCCAGAACAUGUAGUAAAUAACUAGGCCUAUUAUCAGUGGUGGCGCCAGGACCUGCCCGACGGUGGGGCUAAAGGCCCCGACGGGGGCUAGUGGAGCGAAUCGAGUCUCACUUGGCUGGGGGCCAGGGAGCCGCCUAGGGCUCCCGGUGGGGGUCCACGGAUAUUUGAUGAAUUAUGGCGAAUUUUUAUUACUCAUUUGAUAGGCAUCGAGUUACUAUAA